CUGUCUCACAAAACUUUUCUUCCACUUCCCUCUUGUUCAGGUGUCCGGGCUGCUCGUCACUAUGGCUCAGGCAGUUCAAAAACUUGUCGCAAAAGUACCAGCUUUAGUCGGUGCCGCUGUCACAUUCUCCAAACCCCGACUAUCGACCUUCUGGUACUACGCCCGGGUGGAGCUCGUCCCUCCGUCCCCAGCUGAGAUCUCCAAAGCCAUAGAGGCUGCAAAUGGCCUCGUCAAGAGCUUCCAGUCAGGGCGACUGGGACAAACCACAGUGAAGGAUGCCUUAAGGAACGGACUCGUGACCACUGAGGUGCUGAUGUGGUUCUACAUCGGAGAGUGCAUUGGCAAAGGAGGCAUUGUCGGAUAUGAUGUCUAAAUAUUGUACUGCCUUUCUCCUUUUGCACUUAAUUGUCACAUUCUCAACAACUUUGCACCAAAUUUUCAAAUAAACAAUGACUUCAGUCAGAGAAAUGUA